GGCAGAAGAAGAAGAAGAGACAGCCACCAGCUCUUCCCUCAGUCCCUGAAAGAUGUCUGCACGCCUGAGUGCGUUUGCAGCGUUGAACUAUUCGGAUUCGGAGUCAGACCGUGAAACCAACGGCAACCACAACGACAACACGAGCAGAGCCAGCGCCGGCGCCAAUGAAAACGACACGCCCGUUGCAGAGAUGGGGGGAAUGGCAUUCGACCUGGGGCUCGGAGGAGCUGCGAUGUUCGUAAACGGGGCUGCGGCCACAGACCACUUUGUGCCCAUUCUGCACUCGAACUUCUCGCUGGUGGCGGAGCAGAACGUCGUCUUCGGUGAGCAGACGCAGACGGUCGGGCUCUUGCCCGGCAACGUCCUCGUCGUGAAGGGCCGUUACCGAGUCUCGGUGCUUUGCGGAGUAGCGUCCGUCGAUUCCUUUGUCAUGACCGCCGGCACGGCGGGACAGCUUGUGGACGCCUCCAACCUGGCGUCGCUGCCUUGCAUUCGAGCGGCCGCCGGCACGCCUGUGGACCACUCGCUUCCGGGGCUCAGUGCUUCGCCGUUCGCCUGUGUCGUGCAGCUCGAGAGUCAUGACGACCGCUUGGACCGUCUCCCACUGCUGUACCCGCACCUCCGGUACCUGUACGCCUGCGAACAUUCGAAGAACUCGUGGUCUCACCAGGGACACAGCUACACGUUCAGCGCACUCGUGGAGGCGGAGCCAAACCGGGUCGCCACCUCCGUGCCAGACUCGUGGGCCUACCAGCUUGGUAGACUCGCCUUAUCCCUUGGUGUGACGGACAGGAGGAACAAGAUAGUCCUUAUCGUGGGGAACAAAAACACAGGCAAAUCGUCGUUUCUCAAGCUUCUUGCCAACACUCUUCUUUCUGCCGCCAGCACCAAUGCCGGUGUCCAGAUCCUGGAUAUAGAUCCAGGCCAGCCGGAGCUGUGCCUGUCUGGGUGCAUCUCCUUGUCGAAUAUCACGUCCCCGCUUAUCGGAACCGUCCACUCCUUCCGCGUCCAGAAGUCCACAGAGGUCGUCAAGUACCUUGGAUUCAACUCGCCGAACAUUCAGCCGUUGAACUACUUGCGCCAGCUAGACCAGUUGAUUGAUAGCGUGAUUACGUCGAAAAACACCAUCACCCUCAUCAACUCUCCUGGAUGGGUCAAGGGUUUUGGUGCAGAGAUAAUCGCACACUUGAAUGCCAACCUGGACAUAACCUCGCUCAUUCAGCUUUCGGAUGAGCUGCGAGACCUCGACAUUAUCCGUGAAAUCCCCUGGAAUAGGGAAACCGAAAUUGUACGGCUCCCCGCAGCCAACAGAUCCACACACUCUUUCAACACCUAUUCUCCGCUGAUCAUCAGGAAUGCUAAGCUACUGUCGUAUAUGCAUUACGAUGCCGUGUCCCGGGUGUUUGACUUCAACCCAUUGCUGCUCAAGUCCCCGUACCGGUUGUCAUACUUGACGCCAACAUCCGACGUUCGCAGAAUGCGCAGUUUCAACGGCAUUGUAGGCGUUUCAAUCUUUGAUUCCCAGGGCGUUAGUGUUGCAGAUGUGCCACAGUCUUUAGAAUGCCAAUACGUGGCGUUGGUCACUAUAUCCAUCGACACACUGCUCAGCCUGGAAGGUCAAGACCCCAAGCCGUCCAGCAGCUCUCCUAAUUGCAUUACUGAGAGCUUUAUUCACUCAGUUCCAUCUACAUUUCACGGUUUGGCAAUUGUGCAUUCGGUCGACACCCAAAACCAGACCAUCAACAUCUACACGCCAAUAGAUACGGUUACUUUAUCAGAAAAUCUUGCUUCUGGUAAAGAAAAACUUCUGCUUGUCAAGGGAAGGGGAGAGGUGCCGAUGGACGAGAUAUACUCCACACAGCUAACAAAGGGACCAGCAAUGUACUGGAACAACUUCGGUCUUUCUUGUCCGCCGUACGUCAAUGCAAGCUUGAACAACGACGUCAUAGGUGGCAAGACUGUGGGCAUCAGAAGAAACAUUCAAAGAAGAUAGAUAGAUACGUAGAUACUUAACGAAAUGUACAGUAAUAACAGACACUACA